AUGUGGGUGCCAGGACUUCAUGGCAUAGAGGGCAUAGGAGGCAGACCGUCUCGCAAAGCAAGGCGCUCAAAGAGAUCUGAACAACUCCUUGAAAUGAACAGAAGAGACAUUAGAACAGUCGUCAAUCUGCUCACUGGGCAUUGUCUGGUGAAAUAUCACUUAAAAAUAAUAGACAACGACCACUACAGAUCUUGCGAACAAGCAACAGAAACCACAGAACAUUUAAUCUGUGAAUGCCCUGCUCACUUCUAUAAAAGGCUGAAAAACCUUGAAGGGUUGGGCGAUUCCUGUUCUCAGUCCGCUUUCCAAACCAAACAAACUACCUUACCACCGCAAUCAGACGCGACAACUCUACAACCAGAUAUAGAAACAAAUGCUAUUGUGGCAUCAGUAACAAAGGCAAAUGUGAAAAAAGUAACAAGCUCAACUAAGAAAGUGAACUUUUUAAAAAAGGAGGUCACUUCUACUGAAACUGUUGCAUCGAAAUCUACGGUGAGUAUAUCUACGUCAAUGAUCACUGAAAACCCUUUCACUCAUCAACUGAAGAAAGCUUCCAAUGAUGCAACUAUUUCAACAACAAUUAGUAUACCCACAACAAUAAUGCCUCCAAAAACUUCGCCCGCUGCAUUGCCAAAAUUAACGGCAACAUCCACCACAACUCUCCCUCCAACAACCACCGGAAUCAGAACUAGAGUGGAUAAUUCGAAUGAAGCAAUCAGUCUUGGACAUCCCUGCGUUACAGAUCUACAAUGUAGAGCAGCCGAUCCGUCAUCCAAAUGUAUUGAAGGCGUUUGCGAUUGUAUUGUACAGGGAAAUCAAACGAAUGCUUGCUCGGCUAGAAAUCGUGGCUGCAUUCCUGGAACGUUCCAGUGUCGAAGUACCGGGAUGUGCAUCAGCUGGUUUUUCGUAUGCGACGGCAGGAAAGACUGCUCGGACGGUUCUGACGAAGAUUGUAAAACGAGCAAAUGUCCCAAUGAAUCGUUCAGAUGUCGCGAUUCUGGAAAAUGUAUAUCCAAGGCUAGUAGAUGCGAUGGCAUUAAAGAUUGUCAUUUAGUGAUGGCAGUGACGAACCAGCGCACAUCUGCAGAGGCAGAGCUAGGAGGCGGCUUAGAGGAUAUUGUCCCCUACGUUGUGGAAAUGGACGAUGUCGGUCGAGCGCCAUUGCUUGUUCUGGACGGGACGGUUGCGGAGAUGGGACAGAUGAAAGAAAUUGCUCAGUUUGUCGUUGUCCAGUUGUACAAGGAAGAAAUUUAUCAUAGUCGACUGAACAAUGAAGAAACACAAUUUUUCAAUCACAACUAUCUCAUAAAUACGAACAAAUGCACAAUUCCCAACCUACCAACUUUUUACCCGAAAAGUAAUCGUUCGAAACAGUUACCAGUAUCUUGCACACAUUUUGAUCCACUUUUGAGUUAUACUACAGUUGACAAUGAAGUGCCAAGGCUUCAUAUUCGAGAAGAAGCUUUUAGAAAGGUGACAGACUGUUUUCCUUUUAAUUCCACCGUCGAGCUCCGACACGAUCUCGUAUGGGUAUCAUGUGGUAGAUCCGGCGAUACCUACUGGCCAUCUUUGAGAGGUUUUCCCCUUGUUCCACUCUACGAAAACAUCCAUCAAGUGAUCGCACUUACAGAUGCCGUAAAGCAAAAAGCUAAGAGACUGAUCAAAUCGACAACCAAAAAACCGAUAAGUGUUCUAAUGGUAGUCAUAGAUUCGGUGUCCAGGCUGAAUUUUGACAGGACCAUGCCAGAAACAAGGGGCUUCCUAAAGGAUAAUAAUUUUUAUGAAUUUGUCGGGUACAACAAAGUGGCUGACAACACUUUUCCGAACGCCAUGGCUUUUUUGGCUGGAUUAAAUUUGACAGAUGCCCUGAACAUUUGCCAACCUACUGAAUAUGAUGGAUUGAUGAAUUGUCCAUUUAUUUGGAAUAAAUUUAAAGAAUAUGGAUAUGCAACAGCAUAUGCGGAAGAUUGGUCCAGGAUAGCGACAUUCAAUUACUUCAAAAAAGGUUUUAGAAACAAACCGACAGAUUACUAUUUCAAGCCUUACAUGGACGCGGUGGCGUAUCUCAGAACUAUCGAGCAGGACACCAUGCCGUUUUGUGCUGGUCCAGAAAUUCAUGGUGAGCGAAUUUUGAAUUUAGCAUACGACUUUGCCAACAACCUCAAAAAUCAACCAAAAUUUGGUCUAUUCUGGAUGAACACUUUCAGCCACAACUACAUAGACACCCCUAAGACUAUGGAUGACAAAGUGAAAAACUUUUUCCGAAAUCUCAAACAAUCCAAGAUACUUGAAGAAAAUAUAGUCAUACUACUAAGCGAUCAUGGUAUAAGAUUUGGAGAAAUUACGAUUACAACACGAGGAUAUUACGAAUUGAGAUUGCCAAUGCAUUACAUAUCGCUGCCCGACUGGUUUAAAUUAGAGUAUCCAGCUGAAACGAAGCAUCUUGAUGAAAAUACUAGAAAACUUACCAGCAAUUAUGACCUGUAUAUGACUCUGCAACAUAUUUUUAAGCUUUCAGGAAUUAGCGAGGAGGUGUCCCAGAGUUUGGCUUGUCCGCAGUGCAGGUCGUUUUUUGAGAAAAUUCCAGAUGACAGAAGUUGCGAAGAAGCAGGCAUUCCUGAGAUUUGGUGCACUUGUAGCCAAAACUUAACUAAAACCGCCAUAGAUUUGGAGUAUUAAAUUAUAUUUAUUGUAAAUAAAUUGUUUUAGAAAAGUUUUUUUCCCUAUCAAAUCACUUUAUGACUACCUGAUCCUGAUAUGUGAAAUAUUCUUCAAAAUUUAUAUAAAUUUAUGUAUUUUUUUUUAAAUAAUUGAUGCAACUUCGAAACUUUUAGAUGAGUAUGUCAGUUCCAGUGUAACCAGAAUCGUUUUCUUCGUUUUUUC